UUAGUAGACAAGAGUGGGGGAGUGACCGAGUUACUGGUUUGGCGCGUCAUCCGAGUCGACGAGUCACGAAUCGAAGAGAAGCUAUGUUGGCGAGGCUGAGAGGGGUUCGUAGCAUUCACACCACCCCUCGCCUGACUAAAUUCUCUCUUCACCCUCCUAAAACUGUGGAGGUGAAAUUUGACAAUGGCAGUGCAUUUAAUUUGUCGGCUGAAUUUCUUAGAAUACACAGCCCAGCUGCUGAUAGCAAAGUUAGGUCCAUUGGCGGUGAGAAGGUGAUCUUUGGGCGGCGUCAUGUUGGAAUCAUGUCUGCAGAACCCGUAGGGAACUACGGGGUAAGGUACUCUAGUCUCAGAAGUAACUUUUGGAUGUUGCAUGUUCUGUUGGGUCAUUUAAGUUUUUUACUCAAACCAAAAAACAAAUAUUUUCUUAUUGAAACUGUAUUAUUGUUUCAUUUUGGUGGUUGGACCAGGAUUCUUUUUGAUGACUUGCAUAAAACUGGGAUAUACACAUGGGAUUAUUUCUACCAUCUUGGUAGCAACAAGUUUACACUCAUGAGAAAUUAUAUCAAAACCCUAAAGAAGCAUGGGCUCAAUCGGGAUCCACCCAGAAGAAAAUGAUGGUGAAUUUUGUUGGAGUUCAACCCAGGCAGUUGUUUCAAUGAUGCCUAGCCCAUGUGAUGUAGACAAAGUAACCCACCUUGGGUUGAAAGCAUAGUGGAAUUUCAUUCUUUCCUUGAAUAUCAUGUUUGAGCCGAUAAUGUUACCAUGCAGUGUUUUGGGCAGAUGUUGUGAUGGAGCAUCACCAUGGUUUUAAUUAUCUGAAUUUAACUUCAUUGAACCCAUGUGAGUGUAAGCAAUUCAAUUCUGUACCUGCCAUCUAUGUCACUGUGCCCUUGCUUCUUCAAGAUUGGCUGAUUUUUGGUUUACCAAUGUAUUCUUCCUUCUUUCUUAUUUCUUUUUAUUGCCAUGUAUAAGAGACAAUCAAGGACAUGAAAUAACAAUUGAAUCUUGUUUGGA